GGACCCCCGACCUUUAAAGCUCAUAUGCUGGAUCAUCGCUGUGAGAUCUCGCGCAACUUAUGUCCGAUACAGGAGUAACAGACCUCGUAAGCUCUUUGAUAGACGAUAAUUGUAAUUCAAUCAAAUCCCAUUUCAUCCAAACCGACGAUUAAACCUGUUUCAAAUUACAGAAUACCUUUGAUACCUCGUUACACAAUUUCGUCUAAUUGGCACGGUAUACUCUUGCAGCUUUGUUUAAUAGGCAGACUAAUACUAUUCAAUCGUCUCACCUAGGUGUAGAUACACAUACUUAUGUGGCGGAUCACCGCUUCAUAUUCCUAGAAGUAGUGGUCGUCGAUUGGAGGCCACCUCUAAUAGUGCCAAUAUGGGGUCGGUCCUUAUAAGACGUAAAACCCCUCUGCUUCUCAGCCCGGCCCUCAGAAUUCAUCACCGACAACUCUCAACAUCUACCAUCCUCCGCGCCCCAUCGAGACGUAUUCCGGAGCUCAACUCCGGUUUUACUAGCAGUUAUGACCCGAACGAAGAAGGAAGAGGGCCUAUGUUUUCAAAGAGCACCUUUGGAGUUCCACAAUUUUACCCUCGAGAUCUCAAGAAGCGAGUCGACGAAUACGUAGUUGGACAAGAUCGGGCAAAGAAGUCAAUAUCGUCUGUCAUAUUUAACCACUACCAGAAUGUGAGGCGGCGGAAAUAUCAAGAGGAGCAGGAGAGGAAGAGGGAGGAAAAGCUCAUGCGACAAGCUAUUGCCCGCGACCGAAAUGCAAGAGAUAUGGAGGAAACUCAUCCAGUUGAAGGUUGGCCACAUCCGACACCAAUGUCCCAACGGUAUCGCGCUGACGAUUUUGACGAAGACGAAUUCCCCGGCCACAACGAUUCGAUACAACAAAUGCACCAGGCCUGGCAGCAUUCUGAACAGAAAUCUGACUUCUACAUACCCGAGGAUACAAGUCGCACACCGCCAGUUAAGAUCGACAAGAGCAACUUACUUUUACUUGGUCCAACUGGCGUAGGGAAGACAUAUAUACUUGAGACGCUCAGCAAGAAGAUUAACGUCCCGUUCACGAUAUGCGACUGUAAUUCCUUUACCCAAGCUGGCUAUAUAGGCCAAGAUGUCGAGACAUGCAUCGAGCGAUUAUUAAUAGAGUCCAACUACGAUGUGAGGGCUACUGAACAUGGAAUUGUUGUGCUGGAUGAAUUCGACAAAAUCGCCAAACGUGAGACCAUGAAUGGAAGAGACGUGGGUGGCGAAGGUGUGCAACAAGCGUUACUCAAGUUAGUUGAGGGAACCAAGAUCUCUAUCAACGUCAAAGAUAAUCGCACCUCCUCGUCGUCUCGUUCGGCAACUCCUAUUACCACAAGUUAUACUGGCCCCGGAUCCUCGACAUCUACUUCAGGACCACAACCAACACCGCCUCCAAUUGGGAAAGUGGACCAGUAUACUAUCGACACAAGCAAUAUACUAUUCGUUAUGUGUGGUGCAUUCGUUGGUCUUGAUAAGGUGAUACUCAAUCGAGUGUCUAAGUCUAGUAUGGGCUUUGGUUCGGAGAUUAGGAGUCGAUCUACAUCUGGUAACAAGCCGGAUCUUCCACCAGCAUUAUUUACUCAUAUCCCUCACCGGCCCUUAGAUGCCGAGGAUACAUCAUCACUUACAGCACUCGACCUAGCAACGCCCGAGGAUUUACAGGGAUUUGGUUUUAUUCCGGAGCUGAUCGGUCGUGUUCAUAAUAUUGUGGCACUCUCACCGCUCUCGCGGACGGAUUUAUUAAGGAUCUUGACAGAGCCGCGCAACUCAUUAGUUGCACAGUACACAGCAUUGUUUCAGACCUACCCCUCCAACCUCUUCUUUACCCAAAAGGCCUUACAGGCCAUCGCGGAGCGCGCCGAGAAGGCCAAGACGGGUGCUCGCGGCCUCAAGAUGGAGAUGGAGCGUGUGUUAGCGGAAGCUAUGUUCGAUGCCCCUACCCACUUUGUACUCGUUACCGAGAAGGCAGUGCGCGGUGAGGAGAAGGUCGGGUACUGGGGGAAGGAUGGCAGACUAGAAAUCGAGAGGCUAAUACGCGAGGAGGACGGCCUGGCUGAAGUGACGGGGCAGGACGAGCAUGGGAGAGAGAUUGUGAGUAGUCUCGGCCAGUACCGCGAGGCUGGGGAGAGCGGCGCAUGAGAAACAUCAGUUAAAGUUAAUUGUACGAGUUAUUGUUAACUACCUAGGUACCCACGGGUAUGGGCUCGCAAAUUCCGAGCGAGUCAAUCGUUUUAUCUUUUAUUUUAUUCCCUUUUGGGGCUAGGAAAAACCCUGCAUGGCGUUGAUAUGGGAAUGGGAGUUUCGAUGUCAUUUGGGUUCGGGCAUAUUGCGCAUCAUGAUCGUUUUACCAACGGACUGGAGUUACUGGGAUAUUAUACAUGCAGGUGUAACGGAGUUGAGCUACAUGACCUGAUAUCGUCCGCGUAUAUAUCAGGUGCCUCUUAUAGGUCACUUGGCAAGCUAUAAAUACGUUGAUCAACCAUUUUGAUAUGCAGUUGAAUGGGAAGGUAUAGAGUG